CGAAAGCCGGAAGCAGGCUGAGCCGAGCGGAGUCGGGACUUUGUGCCGAAGGAAAAGUUCCGGGACGUUUCCACGCUGAGCCCCCAGUCCCGGGCCGCGCGCCCUCCGCAACAGUGCCGGGGCCAUGGGGGCCCAGCGCUGCGUACCACCCAUCUUUCCCGGAACACCGCUGGGGCUGCUGCUACUGCUCCAGACCAUGUCGGCCCUGGGUCGCUCCUCCCUGCGGCUCUUGGACCACCCGAAGCCCGACUGCUCCCAGCCGGGGCUGAACUGCAGAGUCAGGAAUAGUACCUGCCUGGACGACAGCUGGAUCAGCCCUCAAAACCUGACCCCUUCAUCCCCGAAAAAUGUCCAAACCCAGCUGUGGUUUGUCCACACUCAGGAUGGAGGCCUAGUCCCUGUGGUUCACAUCGAAUGGACUUUGCAAACAGAUGCCAGCAUCCUCUACCUUAGGGGCGCAGAGUUAUCUGUCCUGCAGCAGGACACCAAUGAGCGUCUGUGUGUCAAGUUUGAGUUCCUCUCCAUAUUGGAGCAUCAUCUCAAGCGGUGGCGUUUUACCUUCAGCCACUUUCAGGUGGAACCUGGUGAGAAGUACGAGGUGAUCGUUCACCACCUGCCCAAGCCCUACCCCUAUGGGGACCCAAACCACCAGUCCAGCAACUUCUCUGUGCCUGGCUGCGAGGACCCCAGGAUGAAGACAACCAUCCCAUGUGUGAGCUUAGGCAGCCUGUGGAAUCCCAAUAUCACGGUGGAGAAACUAGAGAACCACCAGCUGCUGGUGAGCUUCACCCUAUGGAAUGAAUCCACCGACUAUCAGAUCCUGCUGGACAGUUUUCCAGACACGGAGACCCUCACCUGCUUUGAGCACAGAGAGCGUAUUCCCGUGCCUAGACAGGAAAAUUUCCACCAGCGGUGCAAUGUCACACUUCCUCUAAGCAACUAUGACUGGUGCUGCCGCCAUCGAGUGAAGAUCCAGCCUUUCUUCAGCAGCUGUCAGAAUGACUGCAUCAGGCACACUAUGAACAUUAGCUGCCCAGAAGUUCUAGCUCUUCCAGGUGUGAUUACAGACUACAUGCCCCUGUGGGUGUACGGGGUCAUCACGGGUGUCGCCAUCCUGCUGGUGAGCUCUGUCAUCCUGUUCGUCGUCUGCAUGACUUGGAGGCUGCCUGAUCCUUCUGCUGGCCGAGUUCUAAGCGGGGGAGAACAUGUGUCUUCCGUUAGAGGGUCUCAUCAUGAAAAAUGUGGUAAUAACACCAAAUACACUGAUGUCCUGUCCACGGCCGACCUGACUCCACCACCCUUGAGGCCGAGGAAGGUCUGGAUUGUCUACUCAGCCGAUCAUCCCCUCUAUGUGGAUGUGGUCCUAAAGUUCGCCCAGUUCCUGCUCACCGUCUGUGGCACCGAGGUGGCCCUCGACCUGCUGGAGGAACAGGUCAUCUCUGAGGUGGGGGUCAUGACCUGGGUGGGCCGCCAGAAGCAGGAAAUGGUGGAGAGCAACUCCAAGAUCAUCAUCCUGUGCUCCCGAGGCACGAGGGCCAAGUGGCAGGCCAUCCUUGGCUGGGAGGAGCCCGUCAUCCAGCUGCGGUGUGAAUGCUGCAAGCCUGCGGGGGACCUUUUCACGGCGGCCAUGAACAUGAUCCUACCAGACUUCAAGAAGCCAGCCUGCUUUGGCACCUAUAUCAUCUGCUACUUCAGUGACAUCAGCAAUGAGGGUGAUAUCCCCGACCUCUUCAACAUCACUUCCAGGUACCCGCUCAUGGACAAAUUUGAGGAGGUUUACUUCCGCAUCCAGGACCUGGAGAUGUUUGAACCUGGCCGGAUGCACCGCGUUGGGGAGCUCACAGGGGAAAACUAUCUGCAGAGCCCCAGCGGCUGGCAGCUCAAGAAAGCCCUGGAGCGGUUCCGGGAGCAUCAGAGACAGUGCUCUGACUGGUUUGAGCGCGAGAACCUUUGCUCGGCAGAUAACCAGGACCUGCCAUCCCUUGAUGAAGAGGUGUUUGAGGAGCCGCUGCUGCCGUCAGGAAGAGGGAUCGUGAAGCAGAAGCCCCUGGUGCAGGAGCCUGCCUCUGAGGGCUGUCAGGUGGUAGAUCUGCUCGUUGGCAAGGAAGAAGGAGGAGUCUCAAGGCUGGAACCUCAGCUGCAGCUCCAGGGGGAACUGGCAGCUCAGACCCUCCAAACUGUGGUGCUCCCUGUGGAGAAGGUCCUUCCAACACAAGCAGUGCAACCCAUGCCUCUUGCUGAUGGGAGCGGCACAGCUAGCCGACUGGCCGUGGUGGAGGAAAGAGAGGCCUGCCCGCUGUUGGAGGCCCCUGGCCCACAGCGGAACAAUGUCCUCUUCCUCCCUGUGGAUCCAGAGGCCUCACCUCUUGGCAGCACCCCAGUGGUUUCGCCCGACCACCUCCCAGAUGACGUAAGGGAGCAGCUUGAAGGCUUGAUGUUCUCGCUCUUCCAGCAGAGUCUGAGUGGCCAGACCCAGGAGGUCGUCAAAGACCCCCACACACCCUACGAGGAGAAGCAGAGGCAGUCGGUACAGUCCGACCAGGGCUAUAUCUCCAGGAGCUCCCCGCAGCCCCCCGAUGGGCUUACAGAAAUGGAGGAAGAGGAAGAAGAGCAGGACCAGGGGAAGUCUGCCGAGCAGCUCUCUCCUGAGGACCUGGAGAACCUGAGGAGCCUCCAGCAACAGCUCUUGUUCCAAGAGCUUCAGAAGACCUCUGGCUGGGACAGUGUGGAGAUGGAGAGGCUGCCUGCAGGAUGGCAGGGUUGUAGGGGUCUCCUAGACCCAGAGCAUUGAGAGAAGGCUGUGUGUGUACAUGAGUGUACCCAUGUAUAUAUGCGUGUGUGUGUCCAUGGGUGUGUGUGGUCAUGUGUGUCGUGUUUAUGUUUGAAAUAUAAACAUCUUGAUUCUGAUCCUAGACUUGACUUUUUUUUAAUAUGACCAUCUGGUCAUCUUCCAUC